AUGGUUCCGUUAAGUACUGUGGAGAAAGACGGAUUCAGGGCUAUGAUCAACACACUGGAUCCCAGAUAUGUGAUCCCAAGUCGCAAGUACUUUAGCCAAACGGCGAUCCCCGACUUGUACCGAGAACACAGAGGGAAAUUACAAGCAGAGGUGGCUACAGUCCCCGACUAUUCAACUACAGCAGAUGUGUGGUCAAGUCGCACUAUGGAGCCAUAUCUGAGCCUGACGAUUCAUUUUAUAAAUGAUGACUGGCUAUUGAAAAGUUAUUGCCUCCAAACAAGCUAUUUUCCAAAUGACCACACUGGUGAAUUACUUGCUGCAGGCUUGCUGGAGGCACUCAAUUCCUGGGGGCUUGCAGAGCAGAGGCAAGUGGCCAUCACAAUGGACAAGACAGGUGUGAAAGAUGAACGCAUACAACGUGCAGUUGGUGUCUGCAAAAAAAUUGUCUCUGCCUUCUCAUACUCUUGGAAGAAAAGGAGGGACCUGGGCAUUGCUCAGGAUGAACUGGGUCUGCCAAAGCACAUGCUCACGACUGAGACGCCUACCAGGUGGGGGACAUGUCAAAAGAUGAUACAAAGAGUACUUGAGCAGGAGAGAGCCAUUAGUCAGGUUCUAAAAGCUGAAAGAAAAUUAAGGCACUUGGUGCUCAGCUGGCAGGAUGUGGAUGUGCUGGAGGCUGUGAACAAGGUGUUGAGCCCACUCCAGGACUUCACAGAUGCCUUGUCAAGAGAACACUAUGUCAGCGUCUCCUACCUCAAGCCCGUACUCCAUCUCUUCAACACAAGCAUUCUUGCUGAGGAAGAGAAUGAUACGCAACUGACCGAGGAUGUGAAGAAAAACAUUUUGGCCUACUUGAAUGAGAAAUAUUCAGAUCCUGCCUUGGAUGACCUCAUGGAUGUCACAUCUCUUCUUGACCCACGAUUCAGAACAACCUACAUAAAGAACGAAAAGGUGGAACACAUUAUAUCCAGAGCAGAAGAAAAAAUAAAAUUACUAAAGGAUCAACAUGAAGCCAGCACUGGCAUGUCGGCACUCUCAACUGCUUCUGGUGCAGCAGCAGAGCCUGUUCCUCCUCCUGAGGAAAAAAGAAAAAAGUCUUUCUCCAGCUUUUUCAAAAAGCAGAGGAUGGGCAGCAUGGGCUCCAGCAGUGUUAGACUGUCAGAUGAGGAAAGCAUCAAAAUGGAGCUGAGAACCUACCUGCAGACCACAGAGGUUGACAGUGAUGCAGACCCUUUGGAGUGGUGGAAAUGCCACCAAGCAAAUUUCCCCCGAGUUGCCAAGCUAGCCCGACGAUAUUUGUGUAUCCCUGCUACCAGUUCUCCAUCUGAAAGAGCUUACAGUACUGGUGGGAACAUUGUCACGUGCCACAGGGCAGUACUCAAACCAGAUGCUGUUGACCGUCUGGUUUUCCUUGCCCAGAAUUUGUAA